GAGGCGGUAGACGCGGCCAGAGAAGAUGUCGGGCCAAACGCUCACGGAUCGGAUCGCCGCGGCUCAGUACAGCGUGACGGGCUCCGCUGUGGCCAGAGCGGUCUGCAAAGCCACCACUCAUGAAGUGAUGGGCCCCAAGAAAAAGCACCUGGACUAUUUGAUCCAGGCUACCAAUGAGACCAAUGUUAAUAUUCCUCAGAUGGCCGACACGCUCUUUGAACGAGCAACGAACAGUAGCUGGGUGGUUGUAUUUAAAGCUUUAGUCACAACACAUCAUCUCAUGGUGCAUGGAAAUGAGAGGUUUAUUCAGUAUUUGGCUUCUAGAAAUACACUAUUCAAUCUCAGCAAUUUUUUGGACAAAAGUGGAUCCCAUGGUUAUGAUAUGUCUACCUUCAUAAGGCGCUAUAGUAGAUAUUUAAAUGAAAAGGCUUUCUCUUACAGACAGAUGGCAUUUGAUUUUGCCAGGGUGAAGAAAGGGGCUGAUGGUGUAAUGAGAACAAUGGUUCCAGAAAAGCUACUAAAGAGUAUGCCAAUUCUGCAGGGACAAAUCGAUGCACUGCUUGAAUUUGAUGUGCAUCCAAAUGAGCUAACAAAUGGUGUCAUAAAUGCUGCAUUUAUGCUUCUUUUCAAAGAUCUUAUCAAACUUUUUGCUUGCUACAAUGAUGGCGUUAUUAACCUACUUGAAAAGUUUUUUGAAAUGAAGAAAGGACAAUGUAAAGAUGCUCUAGAAAUUUACAAACGAUUUCUAACUAGAAUGACGCGCGUGUCUGAAUUUCUCAAAGUUGCAGAGCAAGUUGGCAUUGAUAAAGGUGAUAUUCCUGACCUCACACAGGCUCCCAGCAGUCUUAUGGAGACCCUUGAACAGCAUCUAAAUACAUUAGAAGGAAAGAAACCUGGAAACAAAUCUGGUGCUCCCUCUCCAUUAAGUAAGUCUUCUCCAGCCACAACUGUUACGUCUCCUAAUUCUACACCAGCUAAAACUAUUGACACGUCCCCACCGGUUGAUUUAUUUGCAACUCCAUCCGCGGCUGUCCCUGUCAGCACUUCUAAACCGUCGAGCGAUCUCCUGGACCUCCAGCCAGACUUUUCCUCUGGAGGGGCGGCAGCAGCCGCGGCACCAGCACCAGCACCACCUUCUGGAGGAGCCACUGCCUGGGGAGACCUUUUGGGAGAGGACUCUCUGGCUACACUUUCCUCUGCUCCCUCUGAAGCACAGAUUUCAGAUCCAUUUGCAUCAGAACCCACCCCUCCUACUACAGCUGCUGAAAUUGCAACUGCUUCAGCUUCUGCCUCAACUACUACAACUGUUACUGCUGUCACUGCUGAAGUGGAUCUCUUCGGAGAUGCCUUUGCAGCUUCUCCCGGGGAGGCCCCUGCAGCAUCCGAAGGGGCCGCCGCCGCAGCCACCCCAACCCCUGUAGCCGCGGCACUUGAUGCAUGUUCAGGAAAUGACCCCUUUGCCCCGUCCGAAGGUAGUGCAGAGGCUGCACCUGAGCUGGACCUCUUUGCAAUGAAGCCACCUGAGACCAGUGUUCCUGUAGUUACCCCUACAGCUAGCACAGCCCCUCCGGUUCCUGCCACUGCUCCUUCUCCUGCUCCCGCCAUUGCAGCGGCCACUGCUGCUACUACCGCUGCUACCACCGCCACCGCCGUCACCGCCACCACCUCCGCCACCACCACCACCACCACCACCGCUCCUCCUGCUCUAGAUAUCUUUGGUGAUUUAUUUGAGUCUGCUCCUGAAGUCGCUGCAGCGCCCAAGCCGGAUGCUGCUCCUAGCAUAGACCUGUUCGGUACAGAUGCUUUCUCCUCUCCACCACAAGGGGCCUCUCCUGUGCCUGAGAGCUCUCUCACCGCUGACCUCUUAUCGGUGGAUACAUUUGCAUCACCGGCUCCUGCAACCACUGCCUCCCCAGCAAAGGUGGAUUCUUCAGGUGUGAUAGACCUUUUCGGGGGAUUUGGGGGUUCCUUCAUGGCCCCUUCUCCAUCACCAGUGACUCCAGCCCAGAAUAACCUGCUACAGCCCAAUUUUGAGGCAGCUUUUGGAACAACGCCUUCAACUUCUAGCAGCAGCUCCUUUGAUCCAUCAGUGUUUGAUGGUCUAGGUGACCUUCUGAUGCCAACCAUGGCACCAACUGGGCAGCCUGCACCCAUCUCGAUGGUACCUCCUAGUCCUGCAGUGGCAGCAAGCAAACCUCUUGGGAGCGAUCUUGACUCGUCUCUUGCCAGCUUAGUAGGCAAUCUUGGGAUUUCUGGCACCACAUCCAAAAAGGGAGAUCUUCAGUGGAAUGCUGGAGAGAAAAAGUUGACUGGUGGUGCCAACUGGCAGCCGAAAGUGGCCCCAGCAACCUGGUCCACGGGAGUUCCAUCAAGUGCACCUUUGCAAGGAGCUGUACCUCCAACCAGUUCAGUCCCUCCUGGUGCUGGGGCUCCAACUGUUGGACAACCAGGAGCAGGGUUUGGAAUGCCUCCGGCUGGGACGGGCAUGCCCAUGAUGCCGCAGCAGCCAGUCAUGUUUGCACAGCCCAUGAUGAGGCCACCCUUUGGAGCUGCAGCUGUACCCGGCACCCAGCUUUCUCCAAGCCCUACACCUGCCACUCAGAGUCCCAAGAAACCUCCAGCAAAGGACCCAUUAGCGGAUCUUAACAUCAAGGAUUUCUUGUAAACAAUUUAAGCUGCAAUUUUUGUGACUGAAUAGGAAAAAAAAUAAUGAGUUUGGAGACUUCAGAUAAGAUUGAUGCUCAGACUUACAAAGUGAGCCACCAGUACCAAACCCAAUGCUUACUCAUAACUUCUCUCCUGAAACGUGUAGCACAGCUGUGAAAGUGAACCUUAGGAAUGUGUACUCCCUUCGCUGUUAUCCCUGCUCUCAGACUUGUAGUGUAUUUGGGUUAUUUGUGUGUUGUAUGAUGUAAACAAUGAGUGGAUGUUUCUCAUGCCCUUAGUGCUUUUCUGACCUCGCCCAUGGACGGAUGAUGCAGCUGUUGUGUGGUGAGCCAUUUGGAAAGAUGUGUCUGUGUUUUUGAAGGUUUCAAUGUAUAUAUAACUUUUGGACAAACCUAAACUCUCCAUAAAUUCUCUUUUCUUCUGCAUCUCUGUUACAGGAAUAGUGUGAUAAUAUCAAAUAGUAAGGAAAACACUUAAAUAUACAGAACUUUUUUCGGUGUGGAAUACAUUUUUCCAAUCACGGGAACUUCAACUGUUGUGAGAAAUGUUUAUUUUUGUGGCACUGUAUAUGUUAAGAAAUUUUAUUUUAAAAAAUAUAAAGGUUAAUGUCCAUAAUAAAUAUUUCUCCUUGAAGCUACCUUAUCAAGAAUGAAAAAAAUGUGAGAAUUCCCUAUUUAAUCACUGCUAUAUUAAAAUCUAUAUUUUAAUUAUAUUUGACAGGUUUUGCAUCUAAAUUGGCCUAUUUAUUCAUUCUUGAUUAAAUGCACUGAAAAGUCAAGGGUCUGUUUCUAUCAUGUCCAUACAAGUGCAAUUGGAGAUGUGCUAUUCAAGUGAUAUUAUGAAGGCACCCCAAGGUAUAUCUGUAAUUGAAAAAUUGCUGCAAAUAUUUGACUUUAUUGUGAAUUUUAUGUACACCUGUUAAUUUAGUAUUUCUCUGUGUGUUCUGUAGACUAGUGUUCUUCCAUCCCUCAACCGAGCUCAAAGUAGGUUUUGUUGUACCAUUGUGAUUAGAAUUUAAACUGAUUCAGAAAAUUGUAUCCUUUACUGUACAUACUGUAUUCUUUACUUUUUAAUUUGUUGUCACACUGUCUGUGCUGAUGGCUUGGCUUAAGAUUUCGAUGCAUAAAUGAGGUCACUGUUGAUCAGUGUUGCUAGUGGCUUGGCAGCUCUUUGUAAAAGCAUAUUGGGUUGGAAAGGUGUUUGCCUAUUUUUCAGAUUAUUUAAUAGGUGUAUGGUACCAUUUUAAAGUGGUUGUAUCUGAAUUUAUUGUGGGGAUAACAUACACUGUAAUGGGGAAAAAUUACCUAAAACCAAUUUCAAAAUGGCUUUCUUUGUAUUUCAGUUUAAAAACCCAAUGCAUGUAUGCCCUCUGAGAUGCAAUAAACAUCUUGAACAAA